AUGUUUAGCGAUAAUAAGUGUCAGUUCGUAUCCGUCCGUCCGUUCCGUUCCAUCCCGUCGUGUUUCCCAGCGCCGUCGUCAAGCAGCGCGCUGUCGUCACCGCGUCGUAUCGAUUUUCUCUCGUUCAAUUCUGAAGCCAAAAUGGAUGACGAUGACACGAUGUACGAUUCAGCUGACGAGGAUUUAGAUGACUAUUAUAAUGACUACGAUGCGGAUAUGAAUCCUGAUGAUGAUGAUUUGAAGAAAGCUGAGACUGAAGAUGCCGAAUUUGAGUGCCUUAAUUUUUUCCAGGUUGAAUGUGUACUAAACGAGAGCGUCGCCUCUUUGGCUGAGAAAGCAGCAAUCUCGCCAACUUUAGCUCGUAUGCUUUUACAUGCCAAUGAAUGGGAUGUAAAUAAGGUGAGCCGCUCAGCUUGAUU